AUGUCCUUCCUGCGGUGCUGCAUCGGAGGUGAUUCGCGCCCGCCUCCCGAGCAGAUACGCCCGGUCGGCGCGUCGGCCCCGCCGUCGCGCCGGGGGCACGCGCGCCCGCCGCCCAUACCGCAGCCCGGCCACACGCCCGCGCAGGAUGUCUCCAGCAAGCUCAAGCUGCCCAACGAGGUCUUCUUCGACCCUACAAAGCCAGAUGGCCAGCUCAGUUCCGUCACGGACCCCCCCAACUCGGCGCGCGACUUCUCGGAAAUGAACAAGAAGAAGGACCCCAAGGAACGCUCGCGCCCAGGCCGACAACAUCGCGAAACUCGCAAGGACGCCGCCGCGGACGACAAAGCCGAUCUCAACGCCCCUGACAACAAUGGUCUCACGCGAGGUCAAAACUUCAUGAAGGUAGAAAAAUGGCUCCGCAACGCUUCCAUGUAUCAACAAAUAGACAUCACCCCAGGACCCAUCACGAAUAUCGAGGACACCCCACCACAAAUCUCCGACGCAGCAGAUCCCCCAUCGGAAAAGGAUCGCCUUCCACCCCAAUCCAAGUCCAAGGAACACCAACCCCACAAAACAGCUAUUCGAUAA